AAUCAUUUCAAACGAUUAUCAAAAUUAAACCUGCUGAUUAAAGUUUUAGGCGUUUUUUGAUAUGUGAAAACCUGCAGAUCCACUUGCCGAUCAUGGAGUUUUCCGAAAAUAUUUGUCGCAUUUGUUUAGCUGGCGAUGCCAAGGACGUCGAUUGCCUUAUGCUUGAUAUCUUUGAAGCGCAAAAGGAAUUUGCCACCGCAGAUGCUUUAUACAUUAUUUGUGGUUUAGAGAUAACUGUAGAAGAUCAAUUUCCAAGACACAUUUGUUUUAUGUGUUAUUCUCGGCUAGCAGACGCAUAUAGAUUGCGAGAGCAAUGCCAGCAAGCACACAAAACUCUUUCUGGUAUGUUUUGCAAAACCGUUGAUAAUGAUGAAGCGGUCGGAAAUGGAUACGAAGAUAGCGUGUACGAUGUUGAAUAUCUAGAUGAAGUCGUAGAAGAGGAUGUAGGAGAAGCAGACGAAAAGACUGUUGAAGUAAAAGAGGAAUAUCUAGAAGAUGUAGAUGAGAUAGACAUUCAAGACACUGUUAUCAACGACGAGAUUGUGCAUCGUUGUUGUGGUUGUGACAAAUCUUACAAAACUGAACUUGAGCUAAGAAAGCAUUCAGUUCGUACACACCGUCCUAAACAAACAAGCUGUGAAGCAACAGGAAAGAUGCAAUGCAAUGUAUGUUAUCUGAAUUUUCCCAGCAUUUACAAGCUUAAGAUUCACAAAGCUGAUAAGAAUAAUUUGAAACCGCUCAAGAAAUGUAAUUAUUGCGGUUGCAAUUUCUUCUCCAACAAUGGCCUUUUAAGUCACCAAAAGUUAUUUCAUGCAGAUAAGCUUUUCAAAUGCUGCAGAUGUAAUUUCAAUUGUCCGGAAAAAAGUAUCUUGCUGCUGCACGCAAAAAAACACAAAACAGAAAUUUCGUCCACGAAUCAAUUGCACAAAUACCAGUGUAAUGUGUGUCUAGCAAGGUUCGAAAACGUUGACAAUAAGAGACUUCAUGAGCGUUUUCCGUAUCGGAAGCCGAAGACUAGACCAAGCGAGACUGAACUUGAAACCGUGAUACGUUGUUGUGGCUGCGCCAAAAUAUUUAACGAUGUUACUGAGCUGCGUGAACAUCAAGAAGAGGUUCACUAUCCACAGCGAGCGUUAUCCAAAACCGAUCUGAAAGAAGAGUUUGCCAUUGAAUGUGGGGGUUGCUACCGAAUGUUUCGGAGCGAGAGUAUGCUUCAAAAACAUCUUCAACGUGCUGCGGACAGGAAAUUGUACGCUUGCAGCAAAUGCAGCGUUUCGCGGCGAACAUUGAAGGAACUGAUGGAGCACGAAUCUACACACAAGGGGCGCGGUGCUUUUGUCUGUUGUGGAUGUCGCAAAGGUUUCGAAUCGCAAGAUGCCUUGGAUAGCCACUCACAGGAGGUUCAUGCCAAAAGGCCAAAGGUAUACCAUAAUGAUGCAUCAGAUACGGAAAGGCCUUUUGAAUGUAGUAUUUGUUACCGGCGGUACAAGUCGGCGAGAGAUCUUCGAGGUCAUCAGCGGUAUGUUUACUACGACAAAGCGCACAUAUGCGAAGUUUGUGGAAAAGGAUUUGCUCAAGAAAGCAUACUCACCGUGCAUAUGGCGCGACACAAGUCCGAAGCUGACUUUCCUUGCCCAAUCUGUGGCAAAAAGUACAAACAUGAGACCAUUGUCCGCGAUUGUAUCACUCGUCACAAUCGACCAAAGGAACACAAGUGCAAAAUCUGUAACGUUGGCUUCUCUGGCGCUUCCAAUCUAUAUUCGCACAUGAUAUCGCACUCGGAGGAUCGUCGUUACAAGUGCGAUGUCUGUGGUCAAAUGUUCAAACGCAGCUUUCACCUUCGAAAACACAAAAGUAUUCAUACCAGUGAAAAGAAUUACCCUUGCCGACACUGCCCGUCCCGAUUUAGCACAACGAGUGAACUGUACAAACACGAGAUUCGUCACACAGGACAAUAUCCGUACGAGUGCAACAUAUGUAGCAAAAAGCUUACAACUCGACAGGUCUACAUAAAACACUAUGAAAAUCAUAUAGAAGAUGAUCGUAAGGUGUUUACUUGUCAGCUCUGUCCGUUACGCUUUAGUCAGGACCACUUCCUAUCGAACCAUAUAAAGUACACACAUAGGAUUGAGCCACAAGAUAAAAGCUGGAACGAAAAGUUCAACCGGCAAGGACCUAGCAGAACAAAGGGAGGUUCUAGAGUAGCUGGUGUUAGGUUUAUAGAUACUAUUGAUAAAACAGAAAAGGAUGUGACUUAAAUCGAAAUCGAUAUUGGAGCAUCAUUACCUAUAAAUGUGAUACUAGCAAUACGAUUGUUUAUUUUGCGUCAGUCGAAAAUGAAUUUCCAAAAUAACAAAAUAUUGACCAAAAGGUUAUUGCUUUAU